AUCCAUCAUCCCUCUGUCUCUUCGUCUCCUCCAAUCAUUUAACCUUUUUUUGUUCUUCUAUAUCGAUUCUUUUUGCCUCGUCAUUGCUGUUGUCGAUUUUCUUUUGUAGUUCACUCAUUCAAGGCCCAUCUAUAACCCAGUCCGGUAAAUCCGCUUAUCAUGACUUCGCAGUCAUAUCAACGGGUAAGUGAAACCACUCCCCUUCAAGUGACUAUGUUACUGUCGUUGCUGUCACUAGACGUUUGCUCAUCUCUUUAUGAAUGAUCUAUAGGUGAAUACUCGUGAUGACGAUGAUGAUGGUCGACUCGAAGCCUUUCCGAAUCUGACUGCUGGAAUCCCCGCUUCGCCUCCGCCUCCUUUCCAUUCGCGAUCAUCGUCACCUUCGUCGCGUCGCUUGCUCCAUGAAGACCCCAUGCGAGAUGGUCCCGAUAAUGCGCUAGAGGAUGCCUUUGAUGAUGGAAAUGACUCAGACGACGCGGAUGAAGCCGACGAUAGACAGCGAUUGAUGAGAGGAGAUCCUACUAUAACCGCAACAACCACCAAUAACACAUCAGCAGAGUCAAAUGCGGCGGCCGCUCAACCGUCAUCAACACAAAGACGUGCCACUAUGCUACCGACUUUUACUUCAAAUUCGCGAGUGAUAGGAACGGGUUCAUCAAAUGACGGUGUCUUUGCCAACCUCAAUGCCAAGCCCGAGAGGGCUGAGAAGCAGGAAGAAGAUCUACCUCCAUCAUAUGAACAAGCAGCUGCCGAUGCUACACCUCCUUAUUGGGAAACUACUAUAAUGGCCCCUGGCAUGUCCUCCGAUGAAGUAUACGUCGAUGGUCUGCCUGUUGGAUCCGUCUUCUCGUUUGCAUGGAACGGCAUGAUUUCCAUGUCCUUCCAGCUCGUCGGAUUCCUUCUCACAUAUCUCCUUCACACUACCCAUGCUGCCAAGAACGGCAGUAAAGCCGGUCUGGGUCUGACUCUUGUGCAAUAUGGCUUUUAUAUGAAAGGAAGUGGCGUCUCAAGACCCGAUAAUGAUGCAGACCCAUAUACAUCUCCACCAGAUCCUAAUAGUCAUAACUUUGAUCCGAACUCUAUUGGCGACGGUUCUGGUGCAGGUGGCCAAGGAGGUGGAAGUGGAGGCAACGGCAUCUCCUCAAUUACAACAAGUGAAUGGAUAUCGUAUAUCUUGAUGGUUGUUGGUUGGUUUAUUUUGAUUCGAUCCGUUAGCGACUUUCUUCGCGCUCGCAAGCAUGAACAACUCAUUCUACAAAGUCCGGAAAGAGGCCUUAGUGUCCCUGUUAUCGCCGAAGGCGAGUCCGCCGAGAGGGUCGUCUAAUCUGCACUAUGUUCAGGCGCAUAAUUGAUGACGGAGUCCUGGCGUCUCGUUCUUCUUAUUUUCAUACGGUUACCUUUGGCUUCUUGGAAGUGAGCUCUGUUUGCUAUAACCGCUUUUCCAUUGUCUCUUGUAUUGUACUUAUUUUUGGAAGAUACCACAUAUAUUCAUUAGGGAUACCUCUCACUUCGCUCUACCGGUCAUAUCUUGUAGAUGGGCUUCCCCGGAGAUAGGUCACUCAGACUAGAGCUGCAAACGAAGAUUACCUACCUGAAUAUAGCAGUGAGAUAAUCUUAUUUUGAAUUGACA